UAUUGAUUUAAGAUGUCAUAUAUAAAUAAAUUGCUUGUUGCAAAUAGAGGUGAAAUUGCAUGCAGAGUAAUGAGGACAGCCAAGAAAAUGGGCAUCAAAACUGUCGCUGUGUAUAGUGAUAUUGACAAAAAUACAUUGUUUGUUGAAAUGGCUGAUGAAGCCUACAACAUAGGUCCUCCUCAAGCUUGUAAUUUAUGAGUUAAUAUUGCUUAGUGCAAUCAUACUUAAGGAGUGAUAAAAUCAUUGAUGUUGCAUUAAGCACAAAGAGUCAAGCCAUUCAUCCAGGCUUUGGAUUUCUUUCAGAAAAUGCACAAUUUUCCGAGGAUUGUCAAAAAAAUGAUAUUGUAAUAUAUAUCUUAAAUCGUCCAAGAUAUUUGUUGGUCCAGGAGCUGAUGCUAUAAGAAAGAUGGGAUCCAAGAGCGAAUCUAAAAUUAUAAUGACAAAUGCCUAAGUGCCAGUUGUCCCAGGAUAUCACGGUGAAAAUCAAGAUCCUAAUUUGUAAUCAAUUGACUCUUACUAGGUUAGUCUACUUCAAGAGGCUGAGAAAAUCGGGUUCCCAGUUUUGAUCAAGGCUGUUAUGGGUGGAGGAGGAAAAGGAAUGAGAAUUGUCAGAUAAAAAUCUGAAUUUUUAGAAGCAUUAGAAGGAGCCAAACGAGAAGCCUUAAAGAGUUUCAAAGACGAAAGAGUGCUUGUUGAAAAAUACAUUGAAAAACCUAGACACAUUGAGGUUCAGAUCUUUGGUGAUAAGCACAACAAUUAUGUUCAUUUAUUCGAAAGAGAUUGCUCAAUUCAAAGAAGACAUUAAAAAGUCAUCGAAGAAGCCCCUUCUGCUUUGGAAGAGAAAAUCAGAUAUGAUAUUGGAGAGGUACAUUCUAUUCUAUAGGUUAGAAAGCCAAAGCAGCCGCCAGAGCAGUUAAAUACUCAAAUGCAGGAACCGUAGAGUUUAUAUUUGAUUUGGAUUCAAGUAAAUUCUACUUUAUGGAAAUGAACACAAGAUUAUAAGUUGAACAUCCAAUUACAGAAAUGAUUACUGGGGUUGAUUUAGUUGAAUGGUAACUUAGAGUUGCAAGUGGAGAACAUCUCCCCUUAACUCAAGAACAAAUCAAAAGGAAAGGUCAUUCCAUCGAAGCUCGUAUCUAUUCAGAGAGUCCAAACAACAACUUUUUACCAGGGAGUGGCAAGCUUGAUCAUUAUUCAGAACCAAAAGCGUCUCAAACUGUUAGAAUUGAAACUGGUGUAAGAGAAGGAGAUACUAUCUCAAUCUUCUAUGAUCCCAUGAUUGCUAAGUUGGUCGUCUAUGGAGAAAAUAGACAAUUGGCUAUCUAAACUCUGUUAAAUGCCUUGUAAAACUAUUAAGUAAUCUUCAUCAUUAUAUUAUCAGAUUCAUGGCUUACCUAAUAACAUUUCCUUUUUAAAAACUGUUCUUCAACAUCCAGAAUAUGUAAAUCAGUAAUAUGAUACCUCCUUCAUUGCUAAAAACUAAGACACUUUAUUAAAAUUAAAAGACCAUUAUAAUCCUAUCGAUAUUGCUCUGGCAAUUGCUGGAAGACAUUUUCUAAAUUCAGUUAAUUUACCUAAAUCACUCUUAAAUUUCAGAAAUGGUGCUCAAAUUCAAAAUAAAUUAUCAUUGCAUGUUUAAAGUGCCUCAUAUGCACAUUAAAAGGAGAUUAAGAUUACCCAUAACAUUAAUGGAAACACUCACGAAUUGGAAAUUAAAGGCUAGAAGAUUGUAGUGAAUAAAGUAACGAAAAGUUAAGAACAUAAUAAUUUAUUAAUUUUUGAAACUAAUAAAGGAAUAUUCAUCAGAACUAUUAGAAAUGGAUAGAACUUAUUGAUUUUUGAUGCCGAAGGUGACCCUAUCACAAUUGCUGUCUCUUCUGAUGAAGUCAAGAAGGUCAAAUCGGAUCAACAUGGACAUGGCAAUAAUAAAGAAAUUGUUGCUCCCAUGCCUUGCACUUUGACCAAGGUUAAUGUAAAGGUUGGAUAAAAAGUGAAAAGAGGUAUAUUGUUUAUUAUUAUUAAAGGUGACAUUUUAAUUAUCAUGGAAGCCAUGAAGAUGGAACACACAAUUAAAGCUGCCAUAGAUGGUGAAGUUAAAGAGAUAAGAUACAAGGAAGGAUAAUUCAUUGAGCCAGGAGCAAUGAUUGUUAAAUUAGAAUGA